CGCAGUCAGCCUCGAUAACGUGUCUAUUACAUAUACGGCCUAUAUAGACGAACGGACGCUGUGAGAAAGUUAGCUGGCGUAUCGCUGCGAAUUAUUUAUGAAAGCAGGAUCAGCAGGGAUGAGCCGUUCCUGUGUAUCCAUGCAGCUACACGAAGACUUCCCGAUGAGCAAACAGCAACAGCAGCAGCAGCAGCAGCAGCGCGCGUUGCCUGGAUACGAGACGCUGUCGGGCCGCGUGUCGCUGUCGACUGCGCAGGCGCCGCGUGCACGCACCGUUAACAUGACGGUCUAUCAUAACCACGUCGACCUGUUCGCCGUCGUGAAGCCGGACUCGGUGUUCGCCGCCAAGGGACUCUACCUGAACCUGAAGAACUGUUCCGUAGAGGUGCUGCCGCCACAUCAACAACAACAACAACAACAACAACAACAACAGCAGCAGAAGCAGCAGCAGCGACAGCAGCAGCAGCAGCAGCAGCGUGGGGUGGACUGCUCGCUGCUCAUACGCAGUCGGGACGGCGAAGGCGAUUGGCUGAUGGUGAAGACGCAGUCUCCUGAGGACGUGGUCUCGUGGCUGGCGAUACUGCGAGGCCCGGCCGUGGAGAAGCGGGCGUCGCUGUCGCCGCUACCCGUGCUGCCGGAGUGCGCGGAGGAGUGCGAGUGACAGGUGGCAGCACUACUGCGAGUGACAAGUGGCAGCACUAGUGCGAGUGACAGGUGGCAGCACUAGUGCGGGUGACAGGUGGCAGUACUAGUGCGAGUGACAGGUGGCAGCACUACUGCGAGUGACAAGUGGCAGUACUAGUGCGAAUGACAGGUGGCAGCACUUGUCACGAGUGCGAGUGACAGGUGGCAGCACUGGCCACGAGUGCGAGUGACAGGUGGCAGCACUGGUCAGAGUCACGUCCCGCCGCAUCUGCAGUAAUUUUUGAUGAGUCAUCAUUCAUAAGUUUUCGUGAGAGCACCUCAGUUAUGGAGAAAAGCAGCGAAGACUGCACGCAAAUAGAAACAGUUCGGUUUGGUUCGAUCACGCCCGCGGAAAACACAAAUUAUAAAAUAUAAAAUAAUAUAAAAUUCUACGCAAUAUUGCUUACAAAAUAGUUAUUAUACCCUCUGCUAUUCCCCCGCUAGAACCGAGAAACUGUAACUACAUCGUUGUGUGUUUGCGAGAGAAGACACGAGAGGAUCGCGUCGACGCUGUCACCACCAGAGGGCGUGGCUCUCGCAGAGUUCCUGCUCUGGUAAUUCGCUGAUGUACAGUAAUAGCUGGAAGUUGAUUGACUCGCGUGUGACCUUAAUUGGAGGCUGUGCAUAUCACGAAUUCGCCCCCGCCGUUCGCAUUCAGGUUGCCGUUGUAAAUACUGUUUGUACAUACUGAUGCAUUUUCGCGCUGAGGGAAAAUGCGAAAUUUUUGUUUAUUAUCAAUAUUGUAUGGCUUCGUGUGAAAAUAUAUAUGUUUACUAUCAAUGACUAGAACGCA